UCCAGCUCAUCAUUUCUAAUUUUUCUUGAGCUUGGCAACCAGACAAUCACUUUUCUACUUUUUUGGGGGAGGUGCUAGAGAUCGAAUCCAGGGCAUUGCAUAUAUCAGGCAGCUGUCUGCCACUGAGUUAUACCAACUCCCUCUUCGACUUUUUUCUAAAAAUGCAUAGUUCAGGCUAGCCUAUAACUGAUCCUUCCUCUGCCUCCCAAAUGCUCCAGUUACAGGCUUCCCAGAAUGUGCUUCAGACUAAAGAUGUAUGGAGUCUCUUCCUGGAACAGCUUGGGUUCUGUCUUGUAAAGAGUCGUCCACUUUGGAUUAUUGUAUCAAGAGAUUUAACCCUUAACAACUACAGUUAUAGGCAUGUGCUACCAUUCCCGCUGCCCAUAAGUAUGUCUUGAGGGUCAUGUUGGCUCAUUGUAGUUCAUGCAUUUUUUUUUUGUUGUUGUUGUUAAACAUCUACGUAGCACCAGGAAUUGGAAACAGAACAGGGUUUGUGCUCCAGUGGCUCAUGGGUCUAUGGAUGGAGGUUUUGUGGUGAACCCUAUGCUGCAGCUCUGACAGGCAGAUUUUUUUUUCUUUGUAGACUACUGUUGGCACCGUUGCCUAGGUUUAUUGCCUUGUGCUGUCUUCAUUGACAGCGUCUGGAGGCUUGCACUAGUAGUCUGGGUUGCAGAUUCUUUGGUCAUAAAGUAAGAGCUGAGGUAAAUUUCCUCACUUCCGGCAUUCAGGAAUAGCUCUGGGCCAACGAUGGCCUUUUGUACUCACAGUUUUGCCCGGUUCUUCUACAGGUGUCACCUCUCAGGGACCUUCAUUCAUUGUGGUGAUAAGCUCAGAGCCAUUGACUCUUAAUCCUCUGAGCUUUCUCCAAGGAGCGUGUAAGAGCCAUCUCAAUCGGCUUAUCUGUUUCCUCUUAGAGGCUGCCCUGCCAUCUCCAUUCACAUGUGGAGUUUAACCCCCUGCUGCAUCAUCUUCUGCUGUGGAAAGGUGCUGCUCAAUAGCUUCUGGGUGCUCACAGUGUGUUGUUUUCCUCUGAGUCUGUGCUGUUCCAGGCUAACACUUCCCGGCUCACCAGCCUCUUUUCUGCCUUGUUCAUUUCUUCCAUCCUGUGUGUCCUGACUUCCUGACCUAAUGUCCAGGGACCUGAUCAAGGAGGAAUGGAGUUGAGGACAUACCCAGGUGUUAGGCUUGAGCAUCUGGGAGGCUGGGCAUCUCUGUAGCAAGAUGGAAUUGAUGCAAAAAGAGCAACGGGCGCCAAGAAAGAGUUGUGCACCUUGGUCUGAUGGUGGUUGAGUAGCAGAACAGCCUGGAGACUGUCCAGCAAUAGGGCCCGUGGACGCAGCCUAAAGGAAUAUCACUUUAAGGGGGUACUUAGAGGGAAAAGAGACCAGAUAAGGGACUGAGAGGUCAGAAAUGGGAGGGAAUACAAGAAAAUGUGGUAGUCUGUGAUGGGAGGCAAAGGACAUCCCAAAGUAUAGGAGCAGGCAGGCAUUCCUGGUGGAUAUUGCAGAAAAGCCCAUGAAGUUGGUGCCAAGGUGGUCACUGCAGGCCUGGUCAAGAGCCAUAGAGGAAUAGGAUUGACAGAUGUGGGAAGUGAAGGAACAAGCAGCCCCCUGGGAAUGUGUGAUACAGAGAGGAACACAAGAAAGGACACCUCUGGUCCAGCCGCUCUAUACCUAUCCUGUGAUUUUUCACAGCUGACUUCCAGAGAAGGAACUGCAGAGAAAAUGAGCAAAGCCUCUAGCCUGGAACUCUGUGGGCUAGCUGCUAAUUGAACAGGGCCCAAGCAGAGAUGAGGGAGAGCAGCCGGCUGAUCCCCAGAGACACCACGUCCCUGUGAUAUACAGCAGCACUGCCGGGGCCGGGCCACCUGAAUCAUCUUCAGUGUCAUGGAGCCUCCUGGAGAGAAGCCAGGAGAAGCUGAGGGGCUGAGUAUCACACCCCAGAUGCUGAAGUCCCAUUCUGGAGAGUUUGCCCUUGAUUCCAUCCUGUUGCUGAAACUUCGGGGUUUAGGUUUGGUGGACUUGGGCUGUUUGGGGGAGUGCUUGAGCCUUGAGUGGCUUGACCUGUCGGGUAACUCCCUUACCCACCUAGGCCCACUAGCAUCCCUGCACCAGCUGUCUGUGCUCAACGUCUCCAAUAAUCGGCUGACCGGGCUGGAGCCACUGGCUGCCUGUGAAAACCUGCAGAACCUCAAUGUUGCUGGUAACCUGCUGACCACUCCUGGCCAGCUGCAGUGUCUGGCUGGGCUGCAGGGCCUGGAGCACCUGAGGCUCCGGGACCCUUUGGCCCGGCUUAGCAACCCGCUGUGCGCUGCUCCCUCCUACUGGGCUGUGGUUCGAGAGCUGCUGCCUGGCCUCAAAGUCAUAGAUGGGGAGCGUGUGAGGGGGCAGGGCAGUGAGCUGUACCAGUUAUGCCGAGACCUGGACAGUUCCUUGCGCCCCAGCUCCAGUCCAGGCCCCAGAGCCAUAGAGGCCCAGCCAUGGGUGGAUCCUGGCUACUGGGAAUCCUGGCCCACGCAGAGCAGCUCCAUUCUGGAAGAGGCCUGCCGGCAGUUCCAGGACACACUGCAGGAAUGCCUUGACCUGGACCGCCAGGCCGGGGACAGCUUGGCCCAGGCCCAGCAGACUCUGAGCCAUGCAGAAACCACUUCUUCCUUUGUCUUCUGAAUGUGCCUCGUAGCCAGGGAAUUCUCGUCGUAGUGUUGACGCCUUCAUCCCUUUCCUGCCCCAUGCCCUUGCCUCUCUGGUUUCCUCUGGCCACUGACCUUGCAAACUGGGUUGUUCAUUUACCCCUUUCUUGAGAGCAUCCUAAUUCCUACCCCACAUCUCCUCCCCUAGGGCACCUCCCCGCCCUCCUUCAACGCAAGCAGGGGCAUGCUUUUCGGUGGCCUCUGGCAGGUAUAGGAGGUUCCCUCACUGUAUGGCAAAUACUGGAGCCAGACCCAGGGCAUCCUGAGCCUGGGCUAUCCCAAGUGCCAAGCCUGAGGCUCUGUGGGUAAGGUUACUUGCCCCCUGCCAAUUCUUAUUAAAUAGUUCUCUGCUCA